CGCGGGGUGCUGGCUGAGGUUGCCCACGGACCUGCCCCGUGAAGGUGUCGCACAAGGCCCCAUGAGCGCUGGACCCCUGGUGGGCUACAGCAGCAGCGGCUCCGAAGAUGAGGACGAGGCUGAGGCUGAGAUCGAGGCCGCGACCCAGGGGCGGACCUGGCCCGGGGCUGGGGGCUGUCGUCGUGGCCAGAGUCCUGAUCCUAGUCAGAGGUUUCCAGUGCCCGACAGUGUACUGAACAUGUUCCCCAACACAGAGGAGAGGCCUGAGGAUGACAGUGCAAAACAUGGGGGACGUGUGCGCACCUUUCCUCAUGAGCGAGGCAACUGGGCCACCCAUGUCUACCUACCAUAUGAAGCCAGGGAUGAGUUCCUGGAGCUGCUUGAUCUGUUGCUACCCCAUGCCCAGACUUACGUGCCCCGGCUGGUGAGGAUGGAGGCCUUCCACCUCAGCCUGUCUCAGAGCGUGGUUCUGCGUCACCACUGGAUCCUCCCUUUCGUGCAGGCUCUGAAAGACCGCAUGGCCUCUUUCCAGAGAUUCUUCUUUACUGCCAACCGUGUAAAGAUUUAUACCAAUCAAGAGAAGACCAGGACCUUUGUUGGGCUUGAGGUCACUUCAGGGCAUGCCGAGUGCCUGGACCUGGUUUCAGAGGUUGACAGAGUCAUGGAGGAAUUCGACCUCACCACUUUCUAUCCGGACCCUUCAUUCCACAUCAGUCUGGCCUGGUGUGUGGGUGAUGCUCGUCCCCAGCUAGAAGGACAGUGCCUGCAGGAACUACAGGAAAUCUUGGAUGAGUUUGAGGAUUCUGAGAUGCUGCUCCGCGUGCUCACUGAGCAGGUGCGCUGCAAGUCUGGGAACAAGUUCUUCUCCAUGCCUUUGAAGUGAGCACAGAAGCCUUACUUGUCCAGGCCCCUCUGCAGGCCAGGCCAUGAAGAGGAAUAGUCCAUGGAAACACUCCCAACCUCCCUCUAAGAGGCCCAGUCAUGUCUUCGGACUGAGUGGUAUUGCCAUCCUGGAUUGUCCUGGGGGCUGCUUCUCCUGGUCCUUUGGGGUUUCAGGUUGGAUGCAGCUGUAUUGUGGUCAUUCCCAGGAGUCACCAGUAGAGGGCAGCCUGGGUUUCCUAAUUCUUGCACUGUGGCUAUGCAGAAAAGAAAAAUGAGGGCUGCCAGGGGAGCCCACCCACACUCAGCCAGAAUCCCCACCAUAGUCCCCCUAAUGAACAGCCCCCUCCCUGCCACUCCCCCUUCUGUGUUUAGUAUUUUGAUGCCCUUGGCCUCAUACCAGGUUUUUUUAAAUCAUCAUGCCCUGCCUUAUCCCUGUCAAGCAAGGACAUAGGGUUCUUCCGAGAGUCUGUCACCCUCCUUCCUUGAAGUAUGUCACUUUUAUUUAUUUUCUGUUAAUCCCAGCCCCUCCUGUGCCAACAGAGACCAUUUCGGGGCCAAGGUACAGGGUGGUAAUUUGUGGUUCAGCAUCAGUUUUCUCCAUUCUUUCCUCCCACUCACCCCCAGCCAGGUGCCUGGGGAGACUUGAGCAGAUGUUUCAUUUUGGCCUAGCCAUGGCUGAAAGCCCGGCCUCCAGCACUCUGUGACCUCUGGCUUCCCCACCAACUUUCCCAACUUCCCUUGUCAGUGCCUGGGCAUUCUGUAGGGAACCCGGAGGGAGGACCAGGGAUGCACAGGACCUUUAUUUUUUCCAUCCCUCACCAAGGUGAAGGGCCAGCUCUCUCCAGUUAUUAUCUGGGUUUCUGGUAAUAGAUGAAGAAAUG